AUGUUCGAUGAGAUCAACACACACUUGUUUGUGGAGAGAAAACCCAUAACUUACAAGUAUCUUGCGCGAUGGAAGGAUCUGUCCUCGAGUAAGGCCAAACAGGUGCUUCAGGAGUUUUACGACCAAUUCAAACACGAAAAGCCAGACUUGAGCAGCUACUACACGGUAACUGGCCGUGCUGGCAAUACGCGCUAUGUGAAGAUUGUUUCUGGGCAGGACAUCGAAAUUGGCAAGGCAGAGCUCGAGAAGGUUGACUCUGUUUCGAUCUACAGUCUCAAUAUGGGAAAAGUGGCGCUGGACACCGUGGUUGCAAUCAACACGACAAUAGAGAAAGAGUAUACGCCGGAGAAUUGUACCAGAUGGGGCGUGAUCCAGACCGGCACAGCACAGAAAGUUGCAAAGAAGCAGGAACGUGAGGUGGCCCGGCCCUCCCAGCGCAAUGCCAUGAGCGAACCUCUCAAGACGGAAGCGAAGCCGCAGGAAGCCAGACCAGCGGCCAAAGAUAUUAGCACCAGCAGGCUGGGCUCGCUAUAUACCUCAAGGAAGAAGGCUCCAGAGACGAAGAAUCAGGCGAAACGAGCUCUUGAUUGGCCAAAAGAGUCCACAGAGCCGCCGAAGAAGAAGACCAAGAACGAAGUCAAGGCGAAGCUCACUCAGCUAUUCGAAAACAGCGACGACGAUAUGGAUUACUCUGAGGAAGAACCAAACGACGAGCCUUUGGACGUUGUCAAUCCUGCAGAAACAGAGAUUGCCGACCAGCAGAAGCCGGCGAAAAGGGCUGACAAACCAGCCGACAAACAGAAAUCGGAGCCUGCUACAGAGAAGGUUGAAGAAAACGCCGCUCCGCCAGAACCAGUCUACGACGAAGAGGGAUAUUUGGUGACCACCAAACAGCAGCCGGCGAAGCGGUCCGCCACGCAUCCUCCCGCAAAAAAAGGACACACAAUCUCGAAAAAUACCGACAAGGCGAACACGAAGAAGCAGGUUUCACUAAUGUCAUUUUUUGGCAAGAAAAAAUAA